AUGCUCGGACUGCUUUGGCUAACGAAUUGGUCCCGGUCCCACGUGAAGCGUCUCAACAUCUCCACCGCUGCAGAGCUGCUGACGGUGGCGAAGGCCAAGCAACAGCUGGGCAAGGAGAUGGAAGUGAAAGACCUGAAGGCCCUUCGCCUGAAAGACCACGUCGUGCACCACGUCUCGAAGACCAUCAACUUCGUUCGACUCAAGGACAUCUGGCUCGCGUGGCUGCAUCAGGUGCUACUACACCGCCUCGAGAAGACGCAAGAUCGCAAAGACCGAUCGCACCGAAAGGAGAUUCAGCGGAUUCGCCGGGAGGCUGCAGACGAGCACACCGCCCUCGGCGAGCGCAUGCACUCCGAGCUGGAGCAAGUUGGUCGCGAGUCCUACCUGCGGGACAUGUUGGUGCAGUGGCAAGCAGUGGUGAAAAACAUGCGCAGCCACCGGAACUACCAUGGAGAGAUGGAUCAAAUUCGACAGGAGGCCGCCCAGGAAGUGAAGCAAAAGGAGAAGAAAACCGUGGAGCAGCUGUCAAGCUUUGCCAUCCAUUCUGCGGAGCUGCUCAUCCGGCGGCGCAUGAAGGAGCCUUUAGUGAUGGUCUUUGUGAACUGGAGGAUGGUACAGGAGAGAGAGAAGUAUCAGCAACACGCCGCAAGAAUGCAGCAGGAGGCCCAAGACCAGCGAGAUCACCACCAGAACUUGCUGCAAAGCAAGGAGACGAAAAAAGAGGUGGCCUGCUGGCAGCUGGCGACGUUUUCUUACUUGGUUCGCGAGAGAGUCAUCAUCAGGCUAGCGAUCUUCCACUACUGGCGGGAGGCCUCCAUGUGGAGCAAGAAGGCCCACUUGCAGCACCUCAGGCGCCAAGGGCAGGAGAUCGCCAGCCACAGCAAAGAGGUGAGCCUUCUCGUGACGCAGAUGCUGGCACACCAACGGGAUCUCUCGCUCCUGACAAAGGUGAUGGUCCAGUGGAAGCAGGUCGUCGAACGAGAGGCAAACCAACGGUCGCUCGAACAGAAGGACGAAGAGAACGUCGAAAGGGUAAAGACCUCCGUCCACAACGAGCGCGUCGCCGGCUCAAAGCGUGCACAGGUCCUGGUGAAGUGGCUGCUGCACCUCGAGCUCCAGAACCAAGCUAAGUGGCUGGCUGCUUGGUCCGGCGAGGUGAAGUACGCUAAGAUUGUCCGGAAGAUGGAGGGCGACAAGGAGGCGCAUGAUCUGGCCAUGGUCGAAGUCGAGAACAAAAUGGAGAAGCACCAGGAUGCCUUGGUUCCCUAUUGGCUUCGUCUCAAGCGUCAGAUGGUGUUGAUGCGCUACUUCCCCGCCUUCAUCUUCGUACCCUACAUGAACCAUUCCGAAGCGCAUCUCCAAAAGACGAUCGAGAAGCUGGAUAAAAAGCGUGAGCGCCAAAUCGCUGAUCUCUACAAGCUGCGUCGGAAGUCUGUGGCCGAUGCCGGAGAGGUCCUCGCCUUCUUCCGAGGGCAGAGAGAGAACCAGCUCAUCCUUUCCCUGGUGCUGGUCAUCUGGUCGGAGGUGGCUUCCGAUCAAAUGGCCAUGCGGCGCUGGAAUGAGCAGCGGGAAGUGAAGCUUGAGUUGGAGCGUUCCCUCCAAGAGCUGAAGGACAAGACCUGGCAUCUCAGAAUCGAUACGAAGAAGGGCAAGGACCUUACCGACACCUGUCGCCACAUGGGAGAGUGGACGGGCCAGCUGCUGAUGGAGCUCAGCACGACCCGCGCUUGGGGCUGCUGGCGCGUUUGGCACUUGCAAGAGGUGCACUCGAGAGUCCAAGCGAAAGCCAACAACCACACCGAGGCCCGUGUCAUGGCAGAGAGGAUGAAAGUGCAGCAGCGACAGAAGAAGGACGAGGUGGUGAUGUCGAACAUCAUGGUUGCUGCAGGGGAGAUCUCCUCAGUCAAGUUUUCCUUCCGUGCUUGGGAGAUCCUGACACGAAAGGAAAAGGAACACCGCCUGCAGAAGUUUGUGCCACUCAGUUUUGACUGGAACCAGCCUAUCGGUACAAGACAGGUGCCACCACUGGUGUCGAUCAUGUGCGUUGGGAUGCUUGAUCACCAGAUGCAAGAAAAGUUGCACAAGAUUGCGGAGUGGCUACUGCAAGUUGGAGCAGAGCCAGGACACCUCAUCACGAACAAGGAUCGCAAAUACGUGCUGUUCAAAACAGGACGUGAAGAAGAAACCGAAAUCUCGGUGGACUGGAAAGGGCACUCGGCAGUUUCGUUUGCUUUUGCCACGAUUAGUCAGUUCCAGCUCCGCAAAGGCCGUGCCGAUUGGUCAAACGAGCAAGCAUUCUUGGAAAGUUUGGUAGCUCUUUUUGCGAGCUCGGCCGCUGGCAAGAAUCCUUGCAGUGCAGACGUUAUCGUGCCUCAGAGUACCCUGGAAUUAUGGGAGUCGAUGCGUGACAUGACGCACUCGCACAACGUGAUCUUCGAAAGCUCAGACGGAGAGGUGUCGGCCCACGACCAGAUCCUUAUGGCGGCCUCGCCAGUCUUGAAGGCGAUGCUCGCAUCCGCCAUGAAAGAGGGCACCAGCAAGCGCAUUGAAGUUGCAGAUUCCACCUCCUUGGGCGUCUCGCUUUUCUUGGAUAUCUUGUACACCAGCUCCACUCGCGAGGAUCCUGACUACAAGACCAUGCUUGUGGCUCUGGACUUGGCCCACCGCUGGCAAGUCCAUGGUGUCGUGCAGACACUGUGCGUAGCGCUGCGCGACAUGAUCGACUCUCAGAGCUUCGUGGCUAUCGCAGAGGCUGCAGCGCUGAAGGGGUUGGAGAUGCUAGCGAGAGCAUGUGCCUCCUUUGGCAGCACUGAUCAGAAAGUGCAGGAGAUGCUAAAGAAAGGCGAGCUCCCGGCGGCUGUUCGGAAGCUGUUGGGAAUGCCUGAGCAUGCCAAUGGUGAGCAGCAAGCUUCGAAGAAGCGACGUCUGUUCCGCUCCUCAUGA